AGCUGCGGUGCACGCGCGUGUUGAACCAAAACAACAGGAGAGGCCUUCACAAAACUGCUGAAAUGGACAGAGUGAUGAUUGUUCGGACUGGUGAGCAUCCUCCUGGGCUGGAAACCAUUGGCUGAAGACUGAGUUUUAUGUGCUUACCCAGAUGCACAUCAUCAGGCAGGCUUUUCUGGGUAAAUCGUUAUAGAGAACAAAUGACCGUGUCCCCACUAGAUGGCCUUGUCCUUCUACAAACCAAAGCUGUUCACUUAAACUGAUUGGAAGGACAUGGGCCAACCUCCUGAAAUCACUAUUAAUCCUCUUAGAGACAACAAAACUCUUACUCGCCCAAUCCGCUGCGUCUUUCCAAUGUGCCCACCCUUUUCUCCUCUCUCCAUUUCCCCUCCCCACGCUUAUGAACCCACUGUGUGGAGAGAUUGUAAUCCAAGUGGAUUACACUGUAAAUUGGGUGAUGGAGGAUUGCAUGCUCUGGAAGUGAAUCUCAACUGCAGCAGUGUGCUUGCCUUUCGUCUGAUUCAUAUAUUAUAACUGGGAUUAUUUUGUGUCAGGAACCAUGGAACUUUGGAGAACACCUUUCAGAUGUGGCGCUUUGCUGAUGACAUGAUGGCGAGAAUCUUAAAAUAUUGAUAUCAUGUUUGCCUGCUUUUAACAAGAAGGAAAAAGGACUUAAUGGUAGCAUUAAGUGGAUUAUUUGGAUUAUCGGUAUCAUCCCGAAUAUGAGAAACAAUGAUUACUCAAAGCACCCCAAUGGAAGUUUCUGGAAGAUCUGAGCAUGAUUAGAAGUCUUCUGGUGUGGAACUCAAGGCCCUCCAAGAACUUUUGGAUGUGCAAAUUCAGUUGAUGAGGAGCUCGUAAGAGAUGUUUGAAACCAUUUAGGCCAACAUGAAUGGAAGUGGGUGGAAUGGAAGUUGGGUUUUAGUCGCCUUACUUAAGUAGUGGAUUCUUUGAAACGUCUUCUCAUGACUUCACCAUACAGAUGUGGCUUUUAAGCAUAGAUGUCAUCAUGUGUCACAUCAGAAGGUCUUCCUGGGUCACAUUCCUCAUGGUCUACACAGGCUGGCUGUGUAUUUUUACACACGCUCAAAUGAAGAUUCCACCUGAAACGGUUCAGAAAUGGGCCAUCACCCUUUCAGAGCAAAUCAAUGCCAUUGCAUCAAAAUAUUCAGGAGCUGCUCUAUUUCAAAAGAAACUCAAAGAUGUUGAAUCCAUCAUCAAAAUAGAGGAAAUGGAUGGAGCUCGAUUAGUGCUGGAUUUUUCUGAUGAAAUCGAGAGAAUGCUUGGCAGCAAGAUGAAGUCUGUGAAGAGGCUCGCAGACACAGCUGAGGAUGCCGACCUGUAUCAUGAGUUUAAUGCAUCUUUACAGUUUGACUACUAUAAUUCAUUAUUGGUGAAUACUAUGGAUGAAGAGGGAAAUUUCAUUGAACUUGGAGGCGAAUUUCCAUUGGAGGAGAAUGAACAUUUCAACAAGCUGUCAGUCAACACUUUAAUGAGUGACAUCCAAGUUCCAACUAAUGUGUACAACAAAGAUCCAGACAUUCUUAAUGGAGUGUACAUGUCAGAGGCCUUGAACGACAUCUUCAUCAGUAACUUCCAGAAGGAUCCCACGCUUACUUGGCAAUAUUUUGGCAGCUCAGCAGGCUUCUUCAGACUCUAUCCAGGAAUCAAAUGGACCCCUGAUGCUAAUGGCGUUGUUGCUUUUGACUGCAGAAACAGAAACUGGUAUAUCCAGGCUGCCACCUCUCCUAAGGACAUCAUCAUUGUGGUUGAUGCCAGCGGCAGCAUGAAGGGUCUGAAAAUGACCAUUGCCAAACACACCAUCAACACCAUCCUGGACACGCUCGGGGAAAAUGACUUUGUCAAUGUUAUUGCAUACACUGAUUAUGUCCGCUACGUGGAGCCCUGUUUUAAGGGAACAUUGGUGCAGGCAGACUUGGACAACCGCGAGCAUUUCAAGCUGCUUGUGGAUGAACUCCAUGUAAAGGGAGAGGCUAAAGUCAAAAAAGCCAUGAAAGAGUCUUUCCGCAUCCUCGCUGAUGCCAGAGCAAAUGGUCAGGGCAGCCUAUGUAACCAAGCAAUUAUGCUGAUCACAGACGGAGCCAUGGAAGAUUUCCAAUCAGUGUUUGAAGAGUUCAACUGGCCUGACAGGAAGGUACGGGUUUUUACUUACCUUAUUGGCAGAGAUAUGACCUUCUCAGAAAACGUCAAAUGGAUUGCCUGCAACAAUAAGGGAUAUUAUACUCACGUCUCUACACUGGCUGACGUACAGGAGAACGUCAUGGAGUAUCUUCAUGUUUUGAGUCGACCAAUGGUCAUCAACCAUGACCAUGACAUAAUCUGGACCGAGGCAUAUAUGGACACUGUUCUGUUCAAAAGCAAGGCUCACAGUCUGCUGCUCAUGACGUCAGUGGCUAUGCCAGUGUUCAGUAAGAAGAAAGAAACGCUUUCUCAUGGCAUUCUGCUGGGAGUUGUGGGAACUGACGUCCCCCUGCUGGAAGUUAUGAAACUUGCCCCUCGAUAUAAGCUUGGACCCCAUGGUUAUGCCUUCCUCAUCACAAACAAUGGAUAUAUCCUGGCACAUCCUGAUUUAAGACCACUGUACAGUGAUGGGAAGAAGUUGAAACCCAAGCCUAACUACAACAGUGUGGAUCUGUCAGAGGCAGAGUGGGAGGACACCGAUGACAGUUUGAGAACAGCCAUGGUGAAGGGAGAGACUGGAACUAUAGCUUUGGAUGUGAGAGCAGCUGUGGAUAAAGGGAAAAGGCCUUUGUUCCUCAAAAAUGAUUAUUUCUACACAACCAUCAAUGAAACUCCAUUUAGCUUUGGGAUGGUGCUUACGAGAGGUCACGGGCAGUACAUGGUCUUUGGGAAUGUUUCCGUAGAGGAGGGUCUUCAUGACCUUCAGCAGCCAGACCUCACUAUAGCAGAUGAAUGGACGUAUUGCGAGACCGAUAUUGACCCACACCACCGUAAGCUCACUCAGCUCCAGGCUGUGGUCCGAUACCUGACUGGGAAAGAGCCUGACUUGGAGUGCGACGAGAUCCUGCUACAGCAAGUUCUCUUCGAUGCUGUGGUAACAGCACCACUGGAGGCCUACUGGACAGCGCUAACGCUAACCGGCUCUGGGGUUGAUGAAGGCAUGGAGUCAGCUUUCCUUGGGACCCGCUCUGGGAUCAUGCGUGUGAUCAGAUAUGCAGGAAGUGAGAAACGUGUGGGAAAGAAGUUCUUGACCCCUGUGGACAAAGAGAACCUCUUCACUGUGGAUCACUUUCCAAUUUGGUAUCGCCUGGCAGUUGAGAACAAGCCGGGUCAAUUCUUCUUCUAUGUCCCACAUGAUGAUAUAAACAAAGGUGCGUUAAUACUGAUUAUUAAAUUUACUUUAACAUCUGUGACCGUGUCUGAAGGGAAAAGAACGGCUAUUCCUGGAGCUAUUGGAAUGCAAGCAUCCAUGGACCUGCUGGAAAGAGUGUUCUUUUCGAUUGCCAAACAAUGCAGUGAUGUGGAGGGUAUAUGUCCUCUCAGCUGUGAGAGCAUCGAUAUCAAUUGUUACCUUGUUGACAAUAAUGGCUUCAUAUUGGUCUCAAAAGACAGAGAUGAUGUUGGUAAAUUCUUCGGGGAAAUAGAUGGAUCUGUUAUGGCCCAGUUACUAAAAUCUGGCUUGUACAAAAGGGUGACUCUGUAUGACUACCAGGCCAUGUGUAAGACCGGCCAUCAUCACACUAGUGCAGCUCGACCACUGCUCAGCCCUUUCUAUGGUCUGCUGGCGUUGAUAAAGUGGUUCUUCUCACAUUUCAUGAUGUUUCUGUUGGAGUUCAACAUCUGCGGACUUUGGCAUAACGACUAUGUAGUGGACGCUAAAGCUGGGUUUCAUGCAACACACAAACAGAAGAAGGUGGACCUAAUGCAGCCUUGUAACACAGAGUAUCCCAGCUUCAUGUACGACACGUCCAUCAGAGAGACCAACAGCAUCAUCAAAUGUGGCCGCUGUCAGAAGAUGUUUGUCCUACAGCAGGUUCCUAACAGUAACCUGAUCGUGCUGGUGGUCCAGGCUGACUGCGACUGCUCCCGACAGUACGCUCCCAUCACACUCAUGCCCAAAGAAGUCAAAUAUAAUGCCACAGUUAAGUGCAACAGGAUGAAGUCUCAGAAGAUUCGCAGACGACCCGAGUCUUGUCACUCAUACCAUCCUCACGAAAAUGCCAAGGAUUGUGGUGGAGCAUGCAGUAUAGCAGUAUCUCUCACACUGUACUUCAUAUGUCUGGCUAUCUCAUUGACCCUCCGCUGAAUGAUACACACUGGACCCAAGGCACUUCAAACUGGACACUUUUGAUUAUCAACUGUGGAUCUCAAAGAUGAGGAAUUCAACCAUAAACAGGUUUACAUAGAAUUUAUUACAAUUUAAAUGGUUAGUUUGACCAAAAAUGAAAGUAAUAGCGCUUUGGAAUUGAAGACUAAUGAUGACCGAAUUGAGUGAACUAUGGGGCGGUGAUGGCGCAGUGAAUAAGACGCAUGCCUUUGGUGUGAAAGACCCAGGUUCGAAUCCACUGUGAAACACCAAUGUGUCCCUGAGCAAGACACUUUACCCCUAGUUGCUCCAGAGGUGUGCGACUUCUGGCAUAUAUGGCAAUUGUAAGCCGCUUUGGAUAAAAGCGUCAGCUAAAUGAAUAAAUGUAAAUCUAAACUAUCCCUUACACAGCAGUUCUGCCCCCUACUGGACUCACCAUGACACUGCACAGAUGAUAGUUUUCUCAGUGGGAGCGACAGCGAGAGAUAUAAUCUUAGAUUGUCUCGUGUAACUUGAUGUUAUACAUCAGUUCUACUAUUCUUUUAUAAUAUGUUUAGGAAUAUAAUGAAUGUUUUAAAGCAAAUAUAGAGCAGUCACAGCUAAACUGCUGUUUGUCUUCAUGAUGGUUGCUACUUAACGUUUUUCAUUGAGCUAUUUUAUGAAACUCUGUAAUGAAAAGCAAUUCAUACGUUCUGUAAGAUGGAUACGGUUUAAUAUUUUUUUUUAAAAACAGACUUAUGUGUGUAUUUUAGUAUCUGUAUGUUUAUUGAUACAAUACCAAUAUAGUUUUUAAAUAUGGCUUGACAAUGGUGGAAAUGUUUUACGUGAAUAGAGAAAAUAACGAAUGACGAUGGACUUGGUGUUUGUGUGAUUAAAAAGUACAGUAAGUGUGAAUAAU